GCGCGCGCGCGAGGGUGGGCGGAGUGGGCGACGCGGCGCGGCGGUGAGCAUAAAGAGGAUAGGAUAAUAUCUGUGCGCGUCCUCCUGGUGGAGGUGCCCUUUCGCGGGGUCCCGUCACGGAUUCGUCCCGUCUCUGUCUGCCUGUCGCGCUCACCUCUUCUCUCUCUCUCUCUCUUCUCUUCUCUCUGUCUCUUUCUCUACCUCGCAGCCGAUCUGAUUGCGGCCGAAGCUGUACGAUGUAGUUAUGCCGAAGAAGGGCACGCGGCAUGUGAGGGAGCCGGGGAACACGAGAAGCGUCCAGCAGCAGCCGCAGGGAAGCUGCAUCACGCUGCCCGGCGCGACGACGACGACGACGACAACGACGACAACAAUCGUUCCGGAAGUGGCCGAGGAGCGUGUACACAUCGGCGCGACGAACGGUAAGCGUUGGCUGUCGCUGAAGAAGCGUCUGGGCCUGACGACCGACGAGGAUGUCGCGGUGUACUUGCUGGAUCUCGCAGACUCCAACGUCGCCACCGUCAGCAGGCAAGAUGGCAAGUGCAAUGGUGCGGAGGAUUGGAAGGCAAGUCGGGUCAGGGACGACGACGAGGAAGCUGUCAAGGUCGAGGCAGCUGACGAAGAAGGGGAGAAGGGGGAGCCUGUUCGUAGAAGCUCGCGAAGGCAAGAUCCGGUCGAGGUGCAUCCUGCGAUAAGCGAGAGCGUCUCGUCGAAGGUGCUGAACGACGCCAUCAAGUUACACGUGCGACGUAGUUCGAGGUCGAAGCAUCAUAAGAACAAGACGAAGCAUCACAAGGACAAGCGAAAGAGACGGCGACAUUCGAAGAACGGCGCCGAGGACGGCUCCAUCGGACUGAACGGGUCUGAAUGCACCAACGACAACCCGUUGGACGCGCAGAACUGUACUUCACUGGAAAGCAAAGACCUGGACGGUUGCGAGACGACGGUAGUCAGUGAGUUAGACACUAAAUUAAAACUAGACGUAAGCUUCGGAAUCAAUACAAAGGACGUUGAAUCCGUUACGACGAAGACUGAGCACAUAGAUAGCGUAAGAUUUAUAAAUGAUGUAAAUAAUACGACGAAUAACGACGUCAGAUGCGAUGCGAAGGCCGCUGAUGUAUCCAGCGAGUCGGCGAGGGAUACCUCAGGGGAUGACAGGAUCGCCAAGUUGCAUUUUAACGCUGAUACAGCCUCGUCGUCCCUUCCCAAACGCGAGUGUAAGGCUGAGGAUUUAAACGAGGACGUGGAAUAUUUAUUAAACCCGGCAUCCAACGUCAAGGAUACCGAGGCACAAGCUGCGGGCGCACCUGAAAAGACCUCGAAACCCCAAAACAAGACGCGUUACGAGUCGCAGGGAUACGAGGAUGCAACUUUCCAUGACGCGCAAAAGGAUGACGAGUCAAAGGACGCGGAAGAUCGCAAGCAGAAGAGGAAACGGAAGCGACCGCGUCACGACGAGCAAGUCGGGAAGAAGGAUACAUCUGAAAGCAAGGCUUCGGACGAGACGGUGGCGUUCAAGCAUCGGCGAAAGAAGCACAAGCACACGAACGAGCACAAGACCAAGAAGCAUCACGACGUACGAAAGGCGCCGCAGGAUGGGAUCGUUCAGGAGGAGCCCCAAGACUCGUGUACGCCCGAGGUCGAGCUGCCAUCAUCGACGGUAGGUCCUGGAAAGGUCGCCGACAACUUGGACGGCGUGAUAUCGGAGCCGCAAAGACUGGCGAUCAAAAUUAAGCUCUGCCAGGAAUGCGAGGUACCUCACUUGCAGGACGUGUGUCCUUUUACGGAGCCGCUGCACACGAUAAUCGACGCGAUCACGUACGAGGAGUGGCUGAGCAAGCAUAAGCAAAACGCGGAAGUGAUGAAGGCUAUAAAGUCAGGGGACCCGAUGUCGGAGGGCUACGGUCGAUUGGCGGACGAUGGCUUCGAGUCGGACGAGGAGCCGUUGGCGUCCAGCGAGCAAUGUAAGACCAAGUCGAAGGUGCAGAGGGAAGAGAAGCAGUUGCUAGUGGACGCUGAUCGGCCAUUGUACGCGAGGGACUCCCUGCCGGAUUGUCUCGAGCUGAAGAUCGCCAACACCGAUCACGGUCUCAGCAUCUACGCCAAGAACUCGAUCCCCAUUCGUGCAAAAUUGGGUCCUCUUGUCGGCACGUCAGUUAAGGAAAUGGAUAUCCCUGAUGACUUCUCCAUGCGUCAUAUUUGGGAGAUAGAUAAUAAUGGGAAAAGUGUAUACAUCAGUACUACAGAUCCAUUGAAGAGUAACUGGAUUCGAUAUCUCAGACCGGCUGAGACGAAGGACAAGAGGAACGUCGCGAUACUUAUGACGAAGCAAGGCCAGCUGCAUUUUGUUACGACCCAGAAUAUUAUCUCGGGGAUGGAGCUCACUUAUUGGGCAGACUCGCAAUCUUCCGCCUGGACGAGAAAGAAUAAGAUAGACAAAACAAAUUGCGGAGGGUGCAACCUCAAUUUCGCACACCCGAUAUAUUAUCGACUGCACUGUUGCAUCUUUCACGACACAAAUUAUAGUCUGACCAUAAGAAAAUAUCACUGCAAGGUUUGCGGCGCCGCGGUUCUCGGCAAGGAUAAUAUCAUGAAACACGCGGCAGAAUUGCAUGGAGGUCGUGGCGCAUAUCAGUGUCAAUACUGCAAGAAAUUCUUCUUAAGACUGAAUUAUUUGGAGAUGCAUAGGACUUAUGGAUGCGCACAGAAUCCACAACGAUCGCGGCCGCUGUGCGACUUUUGCGGUCGCAAAUUUUGUCAACCGCAAAAGCUAAAAGUACACAUCAAGAGAAUGCACAGUGACAUGUCUGAAGUGCUCAGGGAAUUUCAAUGUAAAUCGUGCUUAAAACUCUUGGGUUCUCGCGCGGCUUUGCAACGGCAUACGAAGGAGGUCCAUCACAAAGACGUCGUCGCCGCAGCCACAUGCGACCGAUGCGGAAAGAUGUUCCAGAACAAGAGCAACUUGAAGAUACACAUGCUGACUCAUAGUGGCGUGAAGCCAUUUAAGUGUAAAGAGGACAGCUGUAAGGCGGCUUUUACCACGAAACAAUGUCUACAGUUUCAUUACAAGAAGGUGCAUGGCCUCACGGAAGAGAUGAUGCCCAAGAUUGAGAGAUCCGUAGCGUAUACCUUUGACGCUUACAGCGGUGGUCUCAUCGAAGAUGUGUCUUGUGGAAGGUCCAGUCACGCUAGCAGAAGAAAUUCGCAGCAGGAUAACAGCAACAGUCUACCGUCUCUAGACGAUUGCAGUUCCGAGAGUAGCUUGAAGGUUGAGACAGCGGCGGCGAAUUCCGCUCACAAUGCCAUCAUAGAUUCAUUCCAGACUGGAGGGAACUCUACGAUCAAGUAUAAGACGGAGCAACAAGAAUCCCAGGUUCCAACCCCGUCGCCGCAAACGACCGCGUCUUUAUCUAGCGGCCUCGACACGACGACGAUGGAGAACGUACGAACAGAGGUCGAUCUGUACAGCACCUCUAGAGUGCAAAGCAAGGGUAGCAAAAAGUGGCUGGGCGAAUUUAAUCCACCACCCACGUCCGAUAUCGCUGUUCAUUUACCGACAGUCUCGGCGCCGUCUUCCGAUGUGUACGAUUUCGAGGAUGGUAGGAAGGACGGUGGCGGCGAGAAAGUGAUCUCGCGCACGACGGCGCCAAGUCUGGUGAUGGACAGCAAUAAACUGGGCCUGAGUAUGUAUCGUAGAACGGAGAGUUCAAACGCGAGUCUGCUGGUAGAGGCAGCUCUGGACGCCGCCGAGAGGGAUAUAGGAGCAGUGUCCAGUCCAAUCCUAGAGGACAAUGAUCGCGAGGCCAACCUGUACUCCAUCUCGAGCCAAUUGCAAUCGCCGAUACCGCAAUCGCGAUCGCCAAAUCAUCUAGAUUCGUACAUCCAGCAGCAGGAGGAACUAAUGUCGCCUGCGCCGACCCCGGAUGAUCGACACACUCCGCCUAGUCACUUGCAUGUGGAUUAUCACCUACACCGACCGGUCGACUACAUCAACGCUUCGAGAACCCACAACAUCGAACAAUAUCUGCAUCACGAGGAGCUGCCUCGCGUCUCCUCGCCGAAUUACAUUCACAUGCAGCAGGAAGACCUGGUGUCGCCCUCGGUCACUCCGAAUCCUCGCUACCAGGAUGUGCAUCAUCAUCAUCAGGUGCCAACGGAUAAUCUGUCGAGCGACGAGGGCGACUCGGUCGCGCAGAAUCUCAGUCUAUCUGUGAAGGAGAAGGCGCUGCAACUGGACUUAUCGACGUCUUAUAAGUACGACUCGCUCGGCGAGCAGGAUUUUGCCCGAGAAAGGUCCAACUUUGAGCCAUUGAUGCUCAAUAGCGGCGAGCUUCAGGGUCUGGACAUGUCGGCCAGGGGUUUUCAUCACAGUUUCAGCGCCCAGGUGCAAAAUACGCGCUACCAUCAUCACCAUCUGUACGAUAUUGGCGAGCGACAGAGCGUGGACCUCAGUAGAACGAGUAGCUACUCCAUGUCGUCGCCCCCGCCGCCGCCCCCGCCGCCUUAUCCGUCACACAGCGACGUUCUGCGUGUAGUCAGUCUAGAUCUUACCCCGGGGGGCAGACACAGCGUCGAUUUGAGCCUCUCCAGGUCGCAUCAUCUGCACGGAUCCGGCACUCGUGUCAUUACCAGCCCGCAACCGGCCGGCUCGGCUGCGACGCACGUAGUACCUGAUGCCGGUGAAGGCCGAAUAUUGUCUCCGCCUCCACCUCCACCGGGAUACAAUCCCAGCUACCCCGUGAGUCCGGCCCCGUAUCACCCUCCGAGACCCGGGUACCACCAUUAUCCCGGUUAUUAUUGAUUGUUGUUGACGUUUGCGAAUGUCACGACGGUUCAACGUCUCUCCCUAAGUUUUAUUUCGUACGUUUGCAAAUGCGUCUGUAGAUCUUUUGUUAUUAUUUUUUACACUAAGCGAACUUACGUACGUCGGAGUUACUGCCCACCAAGCACAAAGUAACAGUAAUGUAAUAUUCCCAGCAAACAGCAAACAACAAAUAACAGUUAUACAGGGUUUUCGAAAAGUCCGGAAACGGUCGAAUAUAUAAGAAUUAAAGCAUUUUAGAGAAAAAUAUUUCAAAUAAAAGUUGUUUGGUUUAAAGAGAGCUAUAAAUUGGUGGCAAUGGUUUGCUCUUGAAUAGUCGCUGGAAGGUCACAUGAAGUCACCUUGAAUUUUUUAAAUGGAACA